AUGCUGAUUCCUAGCAAGAACAGAAAGGCAAUAUACGAAUACCUCUUCAACGAGGGAGUCGCAGUCGCUAAGAAGGAUUUCAACCUUAAACAGCACCCUAAUAUUCCUGGUGUUACCAAUCUUGAGGUGAUCAAGGCAUUGAAAAGUCUUGCUUCUCGUGAACUUGUCAAAGAGCAAUUCGCUUGGCGACACUACUACUGGUACUUGACCGAUGAGGUGAAGAGUAAACCAAGAGAGGUUCGCGCUGCUGCAAUCGAACGCAUUCCCCGUCCAGCUCCCGGUAAAGAAGGAGAUCGCGAAGCUUAUAGAAUUGCCGAGAAAGUCACUGAAGCUGGACCAGGAUCGGCUAUGCCCUACCGCGCUGGUUUUGGAAGGGGUGCUCCACCUCCACAGGUUCGUAUUAUGCCACCACCUCGACAAAGAAAACAUGUGAACCCUAGUCCACCUGUGCAACUUGUUGGUCCGCAGCCUGCGGCUGGCAGUUCAUCGACGGCCGACGAAAGCUCGGCCUCAAUAACUGGCGUUACAGUAUCUGUGCAUCCUAUCUGGCCAGACAUGCAAUUCACUCAGGGUGAACUAUUUUUCGAGUGCACAUUGUUUCUCUAUUCGGUUUUGGCGUUAUUUCUACAAUACCUCAACAUCUACAAGACACUGUGGUGGUUGCCGAAAUCAUACUGGCACUAUUCUAUGAAGUUCCACUUGAUCAAUCCAUAUUUCUUGUCUUGUGUGGGUCUUUUGCUUGGCUGGCGCGUUACGAAGUGCUUUUGGAAGACCAUUACUGAGCUUGUUGCAACGAUUGCUAUUGACAAAUCCACUUUCGUUCAGUCGACUCUUACUGUGAUAGAAUAUGCUAUUGUAAAGACGCCUCUAAUGACGCUCAUUAUUACUAGUUUUUUGUUUAGCUUUUCUAGAAUUUGUCAUGACUUUCCGUUCAAUUCGGUGAUGUAUUUUUUCCAUCCAGUGAUUCUGUACGUUGUGGUUUUCUACAGUGAGUUAGUGGGAAAAUGGAGAAGGUUCAGGAAGGCGUUCACUGAAUGGUGGAAUAAUGAAAUCGACAUUGCACAGCUUGUUGACCGGUCUAUUGAGCCGCCGCCAGCACAGCUUGACCUUGAUUCUGUGCUUCAUAUGUGUAGUUCAAAUCCAGUGCAAAUUCGUGAGGAAGUAUCGUUGUUGCUUGAGGAUAUGUAUUUGAGGCUGAAACGUAGUCUUUUCGCUGGAGUGUCGACAGCGUUUUUAUCUAUUUUCCUUCCUUGCGUCUUUGUUCCGUACAAAACGUCUUUGGGAGUACCCCAAAAAGUACUUGUGGAUGAAGCCUGGGAAUCGGAAUUAUGCAUUGUUGUUGCGUUUACAGCAUUCUCUUUGUACAUCACCUACCUGAUGCCAUUGAAUUACUUGGAUUUACUGCACAGAAGUGCUGUUCACCUGGGAACAUGGGAUCAAAUCGAAGGACCUAAGGUUGGUCAAACUGGCCAGGCGAAUUGGGCACCUUCACCUUGGGUUGCGCAGUGCCUCUAUACUGAAGGAGAGGCAGUCCAAAUGCCCGACGGACGCUGUUUUAGGGCACGCGGAUCGCCGUCGUUGAAGACAGUAGCAGCAGAACCUGGAUGUCCGGAACAUGACAAAUUCUAUAUGUUUUGCGGACGACCGUGCACCCUUAUCAAUGGAAUGUGCAUAUUCGAAGGGGCUCUAAUAGUGGCCCAGUUUUGGAUGCUCGUAUUGACAACUGACUGGCAACAUAUUGUCACCUUAGUUCUGUUAAUGUUUGCCAACUAUCUGCUGUUGGCCAAGUUGUUCAAAGAUAAGGUCAUUCUUGGUCGUAUCUAUGAGCCAUCACCGGAAGACUUGGCGCUAAUCCAACAAAUCCAACAAGAGAAUCGUAUGGCUCACUAA